AGCUAACUUAAAAACUGACAUAGUUAUUAGUAAGCCAAGCAGUUACAAGAUUUUCCAGGAGAUGGCUAUCAAAGAAUGCCUCAUUGUUCUCGUUCUUUCCCUUGCAACGCUCCUCUUCAAUGCUCAUGCUGCUGAUCCAGAUAUAACCUCUGAUUACUUGGUUCCCACCGGUGUGAAUCCAGAUGCCAAAUUCCUCACCUUCACUGGACUAAGAAAUAUAUUAUGGAGUAGCAAUACACCAUCAAACGUGACAUUUAAAGUUACAAAAGUAACCAACGAUGAGUUCCCAGCACUCAAUGGCCAGAGUGUCUCUUAUGCUCUGUUACAAUACGCCCCCGGUGGACUUAAUGCUCCACAUACUCAUCCUCGUUCAGCUGAGCUCUUGAUAGUAUUACAAGGGUGUCUCAAAGUUGGCGUAGUGGAUUCAACCAACAAGCUCUUCACUCAGAUCCUUCAAACUGGUGAUAUCUUUGUUUUCCCAAAGGGAUUGGUGCACUUUCAGGUCAACUUGGACCGCAAGUACCCUGCUUUGGCCUUGGCAUCUUUUGGCAGUGCGAAUGCCGGCACUAUCCAACUGGCAAGAGCCUUGUUCACCAGCGGCAUUGACAAUGCUGUGCUUGCACAGUCAUUCAAGGUUGAUUCAAACACUAUCCAAAAGAUAGUCUCUGCUAACACUGCUUGAUUCCAUGAGUUGGUGUCUUCAAUAAGAUUCUGCAUCUGAUGUCUGUGUGUCUUUAUACAUUAUUAGCUCAUGUUGUGAUUUUACAAUUGAAUGUUGAAGGAGUUGUGGCUAAUGUUAAAGUGCUAUGUUGUAUUCUCUGAGCUAAUUAUUCAUUACGAAGUACAAACUAUUAGCUCUGAAAUCAUGUAAUCAUCAAUAUAUUACAUUGAAGGAGUUUGUCAAAAAAGUAG